AUGCUGAAAGAGCAGCAAGUCGUUUUGAGCCAAUGUUAUGCUGAACGUUCCGGCCUGGCCAAGGAACGCUCACAACUUCAAGUCACACAGAGACUCUCUCAUCACCACGAACUAGAAAAUGCCACCAAAUCUGUACAGUUGGAGGCAGAACUGAGGAACGAACUCGAACGAGUGCAACAACAGUCCGAGGAUCUGGCGGCGAGUCAAAGCCGAGUGCGAGACGAACUGGAAAGAUUACGCGACGACCGUAAACAUGUCGAUCUCGAAAAGCGAAGUCUUCACAACGAGAAGGACGCGCUUCAGCAAACAAGACUGAAACUUCAAGAGAACACAAAGGAGCUACAGCAACUCUACUCGUCGGCCGCCGAAGCGCGAGAAAUCGGAAAACAGUCGCUUCACGAGGCAGAGCUCAUGAAAGCCGAUGUUGAGCGACGAGCCGUUGAGCUCGAGGAUACGAGGAGACAGUUAGAUGAGCAGAAGAGAAAGAUAGUACAGGUGUGCUUGUCACUCGUUUGUAGCCUUUCACUUACAGGCUUGAUUUUGAUCCUUGAUUUCAGCCUGAUUCUGCGCUUCAGUGAUUACGGUCCACAAGACCAAGUCAUGACGUCUCAAGACCAAAUUCCACUUGCAGCAUCAACCACUUACUGUGACGGUGUUCAAAUUGAAGACAAGAGCAAUAAUGGGUAUAUCAACCUCUACGUUUUUCCUCAUACUCCACCCCUCACACUAUGA